AUGCAGCAAGCUAUGCGCGGUGGUAUGCAGGGGCAGUCCCCCUUACCGGGCCACAUCCAGCACCCUCCACCCAAUCCCGGCAUCCAGCAGCCCCAGCCAGGCAGAUACGAGCCCAACGCUGCUCAGCUGUACGACCAGCAGCAGCGCAUGCUUCAGCAGCAGCAUCAGCAUCGGGAACACCAGCUGGCCAUGCAACGCGGUCUCGGCGUCCAGCAGCAGGUCCAACAUCAGCAACAUCAGUCGAUACAACAUUCGCAGAUACCCGGCCGGCAGAUGGUCCAGGCGGCCAGCGCGGCCAAUCGCCAGAUUCGCCCCAUCCAAGCCCAGGCGCAGGUCCAGCAGGCCCAGCAGGCGGGAUGGCCGCAUCCCACUCUACCGGGCGUACGGAUCUCGGAGCAGGACAUGCGGUCGUACCAGCUCCAGGCGCAACAGCAGGCUCAGCAUCAGCAUCAGCAUCAGCAUCAGCAUCAGCAGCAAGGAUGGGCGUCGACUCCUCAGGCGCAACACCAGCGGGCUGUGGAGCAUCAGUUGCAGCUACAGCAGCAACAACAGCAGCAGCUUCAACAGCACCAGCAUCAGCAACAACACCCCCAGCACCAGCAGAUGCAGCACGCGCAGGUGCAGGGCGGGUACCGGAUGGUGCAAGGUCAGCCUCAACUUCAAUCGAUCCAAGCGCAUGCAAUGCCGCAGCACGCGUCGGCGGUCCAGCAGAUGCAACAACAGCUACAGCAAUCGAUCCAUUCCACACCCACACAACCUCCCCCGUCGCACGCCCCAUCAUACCUCGAAACCAACCCCAACCCCUCCGCACCCGCCAACGCGCACGCCGGACCGAGCAGCGCCGGUCCCUUCGAUCCGCAGCGAUCCCAGAGUCGGCAGGCGAUGCGGAGCGCCUCCCCCAUGCCCCCUCCCACCCUCCCUACGCAGAUGCAGAUGUCCGCAUCCACAUCCGCUCUCCAGUCCUCAGCGCCUGCACCAACCAACCUCCCACCUCGCUCCAGCACCCUUCCUCUCCCCGUCCCCACGCCUCGCCUCGCCGCCGCACCAGACCCCACCGCUGGACCGUCGAGCGCGCCGAGCCAUACACCCCACCACACCGUCCCCACCUCCCAGGCCCUGCCUGAAGACGGACCGGCCAAUCCGCUGAGGGUCGCACUGCGGGAGACCCUGAGUACGAGGCUCAAGAGGCAGCUGGAGCGGACGGAGAAGCAGCUGGCUGUGGCGGAGAAGGUGGAGCGGACGCUGAAGAAGCGAAAGCUGGGUGGGAAGUGCGGAAAGGAUCUGGCGAGGGAUGAGAAGUGGAGGGGAAAGUUCGAUGAUCUUGUACUGGAAUAUCUUGAGAAGGGAGGAUAUGAGAGAGCAGUGGAGGGGUUGAAGGCUGACCGAGAGAAGGAGCCGGAAGUGACGGCUGGAGUGGCGAUGGAGAAGGCGGUAUCGGCGGACUCAGCCAUGAGUACAGGUAGGGAGGAUACGGUAUCGGGUAAUACCACGCUCAUCGAGGGGGAUGAGUCGAAGGCUGUCGAGGCGCAUAAGGAGGACAAGGACGUGCCGAGCGAGGAGGGGAGUCCUAAGACCGGGGAAUCGGGUAUGGAGGUGGAUGUGGAUGUUGCGGAGAAGUAUGGCGAGGACAAGGGGAAAUACAAGGAGGACAAGGAUGGGGUGUCGAAGGGAGGUGUGCCUGGUGGACGGGACCUCGGCAAGCUGUUCAAUUGGUACACUAUCCAGCGGAGCACUCGGCAUAUCACUUCGACCCUCCAGCUCGCUGCUAUCCGCGAGUUCCGCCACGCCACAGACAUCCCCGUACAGACAGCCCGUCUCGCCCAGCCCGUCCCGUACCCAGCCUAUCCCGGUGCCUCUGCGCCCAACACCGCUCAGGUCCCAUCUUCCGCCACCGCCGCCAAGAUCGUCAUUUCUGCCCCUCAAGCAGCCGUCCGCGCCGCAUCAGCCAAUCCAGAUCGAUCUCUCCAAGCUGGCUCGGCAGCUCCAGCAGGCCAAUCCCCCGCCUCCCUACAGCUCCAGCAGCAGAACUCACAGGGAUCCGACCGGUCUCCAGGCGAGAUGGUGGGCCUGACGGCCACGCUCCAGCAGGCGGACGCAAUGCGGGCGUCCCAGGAGGCUCAGAUCCAAGCGCAGCAGGCGGCUUCCAGGGCGAUGUCGGAGCAGGCGCGGGUCAUGCAGGACGUCAAUGCACAGGCUGCUGGGGAGUCACACGUCCAGGUUCGACAUGGUGAUCGGAUCAUCGUCAUGACUCAGUCGGAGUACCAGCGGCGGUAUGCGGCAGAGCAGAACUGGGUGAUGCAGCAACAGCAGCUGCAGGGGAUGGGGAUCCAGCAGGCUCAGCAGCAGCAGCCUCAGCAGGGUUUGAUGGUGCACCCGCAGCAGUUGUUGCUGCAGCAGCAGCAAAUCCAGCAACAGGCGAAUGCCCAACAGCAGCCGCAGCCGGUACAGGUCCAGGUCCAGGGGCAAGCGCAGGUAUCGCAGCCAGUCAGUGGUGGCGGAAGCGAGGGGUAUGCGGGUCUGCAGAGUUCGAAGCGGGGAAGCGAUACUGAGGGGCCGGAGAGCAGCAAGAAGGCAAAGAUCAGUAGGAAGACGCCAACGCCGGAAGAGCAUCAACGGCAGGCGAUCGAGAUGGCCAAUCGAGCGACGGCGAUGCCGCCGUUCACGGUCCCGCCGGGUGUGCUGCAGAGUAUUCAAGCCCCAAGGUCCGAUAGUCAGCCUCCCGGUCUUCAGCGCCAGCAGUCAGACCUAGAGCGCCAACUCGCCGCCCGGCAAGACUGGACGCGUCAACUCUCCGCCCAGGCCCAAAGUGCCUACCAGCAGCAGUUCCAUACCGGCAUGACCCCCGCCUCUGGCCCGUAUGACGAUGCCGCGACACCCCAGACCUCGGAUAUGCUCCGCCCGGCAUCGCAGGCGGGGAUGGUGCCUUCCCCUACGGUCAGUCGCGCGAGCCAUAAGAAGCGCCCGUCGGCUAUCGGGUUGGGCGGGUCCGCGGGCGAGGGGGAGCAGGUGACGCCUACGAGUGGGCGGAAGAAGGGCGGUGGGAAGAAGGCUGGUAAAGCUUCUGCAAAGGGAAAGAAGGGCAAGCAGGGUACACCGAGUAGCGCCGAUGGACCCUCUACGCCAUUCGGUAUUCCUCAGACCCCAGCCACCAACAUCACCCACACCCCCUCCCAUCCGCCCGGCGAGUUCCAACCCAUCCAAGAGGACCCCUCGCCGGACGGACGGGACUUGGAUGAACCUCUUCGUAUGGAUCCGACCCAAGAAUUGCACGUACAGCUCCAACACCACCGACAUCCUCUCCAUAGCCAGCAGUCCCAUUCCCAGCCUCCCCUUUCUCAGCACCCGCAGUACGCCCAACACCCGCCUGGGACCUCGCAGCACUCAAACACGAAUGACCAGUUCCUCGUCCAGCCGAACGGACACGGGCAGAAUGGGAACCCGUUUGAUGGGAUCGGGCUGGACGAUGAGAUUCUGAAGGCGUUGAAUGGAUUUGGCGGUGAUAGUGGCGGGGGUGGAGGUGGGCAUGGAGAGGGCCAGCAGCCGGCGCCACAGAGCGCUACCAACUUUGACUCGAUGGGGUUCGAUCUGGAGGGAGAGGGUCUCAACUUUGAUUGGGGAAAUGUGGACUUUGGGAACGGGGAUACCUGGGCAGCGUGA